CACAAGGAAACCAUUUGAUGACAAUGAUCAAAGCUAUAUUCUUUGUCCCUUUCUUGAUAUUGAUCUUCUUUGGAUCAAGAAGAGUAGCUAGCGCAGGAGAUCAAAACGCCUUGGCCGCAUCAUUCGUUUUCGGCGAUUCGUUAGUGGACGCAGGGAACAACAAUUACUUGCAAACGUUGUCUAGAGCCAAUAGUCCUCCUAAUGGCAUCGAUUUCAAACCAUCCCGUGGGAAUCCAACCGGCCGGUUUACUAACGGCCGGACCAUAGCUGACAUCGUUGGAGAAAAGCUAGGGCAACCAAAUUAUGCAGUUCCAUAUCUAGCACCAAAUGCAAAGGGUGAAACAUUAUUAAAUGGUGUGAAUUACGCAUCAGGUGGUGGUGGAAUUCUCAAUGCUACUGGAAGUGUAUUUGUUAAUCGGUUAGGAAUGGAUAUACAAGUUGAUUACUUUAGUAUUACAAGGAAGCAAUUUGAUAAGCUUUUGGGUGAAGAUAAGGCCAGAGAUUACAUAAAGAAAUCUUUAUUCUCCAUAGUAAUUGGCUCAAACGAUUUUCUCAACAACUAUUUAGUCCCUUUUGUUGCGGCUCAAGCGAGAUUAACACAAACUCCUGAAGCUUUUGUUGAGGACAUGAUUAGCCAUCUUCGUGAUCAACUCAAGAGAUUAUAUGCAUUGGACGCUCGUAAAUUUGUGGUGGGGAAUGUAGCUCCAGUCGGAUGUAUACCGUACCAGAAAUCAAUCAAUCAGCUAAAGGAUAAACAGUGUGUUGAUUUGGCAAACAAGUUGGCUCUUCAGUACAAUGCUCGUCUCAAAGAUCUCUUGAUGGUGGAAUUGAAAGAUAGUCUAAAAGACGCACACUUCGUGUAUGCGAACGUCUAUGAUCUUGUUAUGGACCUUAUUGUCAACUACAAAGAAUACGGGUUUACGACAUCAAGUGAGGCGUGCUGUGGGACGGAUGGGAGAUUGGCAGGGAUAUUGCCAUGUGGACCAACCUCGAGCCUUUGUGCGGACCGGUCAAAGCAUGUGUUUUGGGACCCGUACCAUCCUAGCGAAGCUGCUAAUCUCAUCAUCGCUGACAAAUUACUCAACGGUGACUCAAAAUACGUUACUCCCUUUAAUCUCUACCACCUUCGUGACCUUUAAUAAUCUCUUUUUUUGUUUACUAUGAAAAAAUGUAAUUCUGUUCUGAGAUUGUGAGAUUCAUUCCUUGUUUCUUUGGUCAUGUUACCCCUAAAAACAUGAUAUAGUCGUUUUCGUUUACGUUUUGCUGUUUCUAAAGUGUAGCCAUUCUAGACUGUAGUUCAAUUCAUGUGGUUUAAUUUCGUGUAUGUUCAAAUGCAGUGCAACCAAUUGAUGA